AUGACACCUAGUCGAAUUCCGGAUUUACUCACAAUGGUGAAUGGGUUAAUGAUUGGAAUGGAAUGGAAUGGAAGCUAUUUGACUGAUGAGAAAGCGCAUGGUAGUGAGAAUGACGGAUGUGACAUUCAGGACAAACAGAUGCAUUGCAGAAGCAUGUAUGAGGCGUUGGCCGAUUAUGCAGCGGACAUCAAUAAUUGUUCGCUUUCGAAAGUGGAGAUGACAAACGAUCAACCGCCGCGUGUGCACGCGGAGGCGGAUAUCACUUUCAAGAAUCCGGUCGAAUUGAACAUGGACAAGGUGGAAUUGGAGGUUCAGAAGCAAACCGGCGGUGUAUACUUCCAACAACCUAUAACUAUAGUCCCUUCGAGUUCAUCCAAUGUACAAUCGUGUGUUUGUGUGCAUGGAAUCUAUGUUCUUAUUGAUCACAUUCAAAUAUGGGUUCUUCUACCUCUUCGACAACUAAACCAAGUUCAGCAAGCACUUCUUUUGUAUCAGAAGGAUUGGAAUGGAUGUUUGUUGGACAAGGCUGUUCCGAUUGGCGAAAAUCCAGUUCAAAUUAAAGUGAGGGUUCUGCACGCCUUCAAGUCUCAUAUAUACAUCGAUUUGGGUGCCGUGAACUAUUCCCUUCAUCAAGACACUGGAGGCGUGUUCUUUGAACCGUCCUCUUAUGUCGGACCAAGUGGUAAGUGAUACCGGCGCAUAUGUUACGGUGUCUUGGACAAUAGUGGUUUGUCUGCUGCUCUACUCCAUGGGAUUAUUUAA